AAAAAAAAAGUGCUAAGCCGGACAAAAAAAAAUUAUUGCAAACCCACGCGUUGCAGAUAAAACACUCAUACAUACAUACAUAUAAAAUCAGCUUCAUAUAGACGAAAGCGAGAGCCCAAAAAAGUAACAAGCACAACAACAUAAAACUGGCUCCAGCAGCUGCAGCAGCGCGCCAACUUCGCAGUCGACGUUGACGUCGCUAUAAUAAUCGUCUGGCGUUGUUGUUGUUGUUGUUGCUGCCGCAACGGACAGCAAGCACAAAAAGAAAAACACACGCUGAGUAAGCUGUCAAUUGAGGUCGGCGAACAACACGUCAGAGCUUCAAGCACCUGGUGACAAAGUACAAGAGCACUAAAAGCAGACGACGACGCAUAAGGAAAGGAGUAAACAGAUUUAAAUAGACGGGCCUAGACAAAGCCUGAAAGUGUGUGCGUGCUUGAAAUCAUUCCAAGUGAGGGUAAGAGAGAGAACUAGGUCGAGACCGAGAGAGAAAGGCAAAAAUAUGGAGUCGGAGUUAAAAAACAAGAAGCUAGCCAAUGGUGGCUCUGAUUCCAAAGAGAGUUCCGUCGAACGUGAGCUCAAUGGGGAAAUUGAGGCAGUGGAGCUUAACGGCAGUGGCGCCAAUGGUCAUGGACAUCAUUCAAUGAAGAAACCCCAGCCCGUGGGCGAAGGCCAUGAGGGACGUGUCAAGCGCAAGGCUAAGCGUCUCAUUCAAAGACAGAAUAGUGGCGGCAAUAAUGGCAUAGCCGCCUCCCACUCUGGCACAAUGAUCAACAACGGCUCAGUAGCCGCCAUGGGAGCAGGUGCAUCUACUUCAAAUGCCAGCACACUAUGCUCGAUAUCCCAUGGCAUGUUGCCAGCGAACAAUUGCUAUGUGGUGCCGCAUCGACGCUGGAAGAAUAGCCGCCGCUCGCGUAAUAAUCUUGGGCGUGGACGUGGCUUGCCCAAGAAAGGCGGUGCCGGUGGAAAAGGUGUCUGGGGUCUACCCGGCUCUGAAGCUUUGGCCGAGGUCUAUGAGGAUGAGAAUGAUCCCAACUAUGACAGCGAGUGCAACGAUCGCAAUGUGGAAUUGCGUGAGGUUAUCACAGAGCUAUCACCCGAGGAGUUCUUCAAGCUGGCCGAGCCCAUUGUUUUGGAGUAUUAUGAGCAUGGCGAUACACAUGAGGUCGCCCUAAGCUUUGAUGAGAUCUUGCAGAGUCCAUUGCGCGAGUACAUCACCAGCAUUCUUGUCGAGAUUGCCCUGGAUCAUAAGGAUUCGCAACGGGAGAUGACUUCCGUUUUGAUAUCCGAUCUCUAUGGUCGUGUCAUAACCGGCAAGGAUAUCGAAAAGGGCUUCAACAUGCUGCUCGAUAAUCUCCCCGAUCUCAUACUCGACACCCCUGAGGCUCCGGUUAUGCUUGGCAAUUUUAUGGCCCGCGCCAUUGCCGAUGAUUGCAUGCCGCCUAAAUUUGUCAGCCGACCUGAGGAGCAUUCCCAUUGCAAUGAGUACGCCGAGCAGGCUUUGCGUCGGGCCGACGCCCUGCUCCACAAACAGAUUUGGGCUCAUUUGGAUAAUGUCUGGGGCAUGGGUGGUCCGUUGCGUCCGGUGAAGACCAUUACCAAGCAGAUGACUUUGUUGCUCAAGGAGUAUUUAUCUUCGCGCGAUGUCGCUGAGGCGCAGCGUUGUCUGCGUGCUUUGGAGGUGCCCCAUUAUCAUCAUGAGCUUGUCUAUGAAGCCAUUGUCAUGACCAUGGAGUCACUCAGCCAGACCACCGAGGAGGCUAUGUGUGAGCUGCUUAAGUCGCUGGAUCUAACGUGUCUGGUGCUUCCAGCUGGCAUGGAGCAGGGCUUUUUGCGCGCAUACGAUGAUAUGGCGGAUAUAGUUCUGGAUGUGCCAUUGGCGUAUAUAAUACUCGAUCGUUUUGUGGAACGUUGUAAUCGUGCCGGCUUCUUAACUGACAAGAUUAUAAACAAUGUGCCAUCACGUGGCCGCAAGCGUUUUGUAUCUGAAGGAGAUGGCGGUCAUAUUAAGCCGGCCACCUUAACCCUUCGUGACUAAAAGGAAAAGGACUUAACUGGAUUGGAUGGACUUCUCUUUGCAAUAACCUACAACAGCAGCAAAAGAAGAAGAAUGCAUAAAAUAUUAAAUCAAGCAGGCAAAAUAAGUCACAACAAAAACAAAAAACUAUUUGUUAGAUUAUGUUGUCGAAAAUCACAACAAAUAAUAAACAUAUACAUUACAGGACAAAGCACAUAUUAAUGGAAAUAAAAAUAACUACAAAAGAUCCGGAUCUUGAUCUCCGUUUAAGUGUCUAUAAUAUAAACAUAUUAUAUACACAUACAUUCGUACAUUCAUACAAUAUAUGCUACAUUAUAACCAUAAACAAAAAGAAAACAUAUUUUAACAGAAAAGAAACGAAAAAGAAAGAACCCACAAAAGCAUGCAAUUUGUAAAAAGCUAUCAAAAAUAUUAGAAACAAAAGUAACAACGACAACAUUUGAAAUGCAAGCGAAAGAGAAUGAGUGAAAAUAAGUGCGCGCGCUCCGGACUAAACUUUUGGCUGCCACUGUGCGACAGGCCACAGUGAGUGCGCGCUAUAUACUUACAUAUAUUUACUUAUACAAACUGUUAAACGACACACUGGACGAAGCAUAGCAACAACUUGUAUUAUUUAAGUUUUUGUUUUCAAAGCAUUUCGAAAAGCAAAACAAAUACUAAAGCCUUGAUUUAUUAUUGUAUUUAGAAAGUAAAGAGAGUCGAAAAAUCAAUUUUUUUUCCCAAUACGCACUUUGUUAUACUUAAGCCAGUCCAAAAUUCGAUUUUUUUGCUUUUUAUUGUAUUUGAGAAGACUAAACUUUAUGUUUAAUUUAAAAUUACACACACG